CUGUUGUCAGCAGUGUAACUUAUCUCUUCGUUCAAAAGCAAUAAAGUUCGUAGUUCUCAAAGUUUAAAAUUGAAAAUGAUUAGCGCUAAGUUAUUCGUGUUGAUCGGGUGUGUCAUCGCAGUAGUUCUCGCUAUGCCUAAUGAACAAUUACUUGGAGGCGUCAGCCAACUCAGCGGUGAGGAUUUAAAGCAGGCUCAAGAAGAACUUCAAAAUUCAUUAACUAAAUUGGCGUCAGGCGACGGACCUGCGUAUAAAAUCUCGAAAGUGAACUCAGCAAGCUCACAAGUUGUCUCUGGUACGCUGUACACAUUCAAUGUGGACCUUAUUACGGGAAAUAAUGAAGUGAAGAAUUGCAAUGUGGAAAUCUGGUCUCAACCCUGGUUGCCAGAGGGGAUUCAAGUCACUUUCGACUGCGAGGGUGAAGAGAAGAUUGUGCGUAAGCACAGUGCUUAAUAAGUUUUUAGAUUGUACGGCUUGAAAAGUGCGAUAUAAUAAAUGUUUUCGAUUGAAAA